AUGGAUGCCGAAGAUAGAAGAGCAAUGGAGGAAAAUAUGAAAACUCUUGUGGACAACCAGCAUAAUCUUAAGUACCUGGUGAAACAGCAAACAUCUGUGGUAGAGUCAACGAUAAAUAUUCUUCGCAGAACUACAGACGACGUUAAUCGGAACUUUAAAAGUCUCGUCGACCGGGUGAACAACAUUACUGAAACCGUAAAAGAAGAAUACUUCGUCUACCGAAAGUCAACUAAAUUCUUUAUGGUCGCAAAGGAACUUCAGAUUGUGGUGGAAGAUAAUGAAAGAGUGCAGCUAAAAAUGUUGGCAUUGUUAAUUGACAUAAAUCAUGGAAAAUUAAACCCCUCUCUGAUCACGCCUAUACAAUUGCAGGAGGAGACAAAUAAAAUCCGUGAACAUAUACCAGAUCAUCUGAAGCUACCAGGGACAGCAGAGAAUCAACUGCGCAGCAUAUACAAGCUGCUAAAGGCAAAGGCAACUGUUAUAGAGAAUCGAUUAGUGGUAUCCGUUUGGAUUCCUUUGUUUGGUGAUCAGGUGUCUCAAAUUCAUAAGAUGAUUGGCGUGCCGUUCGAGAAGUUGGGCAGAAAAAUGAUUCCGGUUCUGCGGAGUGAAUACAUCAUUUAUAAUUUUAAAAUGGACUCUUAUCACCUAAUUUCGCAUUCUGAAUUAAAUAGCUGUCAAACCUUUGGAGAGAACGAAUAUGUUUGCGAUGGAGGGUGGCCCUGGAUGGAUGCUAACGAUAAAUCCUGUGAAACAUCUCCUCUGAAGCCCUUUACAAAACCAAAUUGUAAGUUUGAUGAGUUCACUGCAGAUACAUUCUGGACGAAGUUAGAACUGGACAACAGUUGGAUAUUUAAAGUUUUCACCCAAACAACUGGUCAUAUUCAAUGUUCUGGUUGA